AUGCUUUCACGCUUGUAUAUGCUUUUCCUCGCCUUCUGCCAGCUCUGCCUGGCAGCGGAGAUUGUUCCUCGAGCGACUUUCUCCGAGGUGACUGGCUUCGGUGCCAACCCGACGAACACCAAGAUGUACCUCUGGGUCCCCAACAACCUUGCGCCCAACCCCGCCAUCGUCGUCGGAAUUCACUGGUGCUCAGGCAAUGCGCAGGCCUACUACCAAGGCUCCAACUGGGCUCGUCUUUCUGAGACUUAUGGCUAUAUCGUCAUCUACCCGAGCACCGCAUACACUGCAAGCAACUGCUGGGAUGUCUCGUCGCAGAAGACGCUGACCCGAGGAGCUGGCGGUAACAGUGACUCGAUCGCCAACAUGGUCAAGUAUGUCACUGCUCAAUACGGUGCCGACGCCAGCCGAGUGUUUGUGACUGGCAUUUCGUCCGGAGCUAUGAUGACGGCUGGUAUUGCAUAUGCUGGUGUCCCCGCCGGCUGCUUCUCUGUUGGCACGACCGAAGCGGGCUGGAACAGCACUUGCGCGAACGGCCAGUCCAUCACCACUCCCGAGCACUGGGCCGCCAUCGCUCGCGCUAUGGCGCCUGGUUACACUGGCCGUCGCCCUCGCAUGCAGGUCUAUCACGGUGACCAGGACGCGGUGGUGUUCCCCCAGAACUAUUACGAGACCGUCAAGCAGUGGGCUGGUAUCUUCGGAUACUCGACAACCCCCCAACAGACUAUUUCGAACUUCCCGCGGAGCCCCUACAACAAAUACGUCUUCGGUCCCAACCUGGAGCCUCAAGACCCCCGCGACAUCGACAGCAGGCCCUACAAGCACGACAAGGUCGACGACCACGUCAACAGUGGCCCCGCCAGUGCCGACCACCAUCGCCACCCUCACUACCGCCGUCACGACGACAGCUCGGCCGACCACUACGGCCUCUGUGCAAGCAAAGCGCUGGGGCCAGUGCGGCGGCCAGAACUGGAGCGGCCCAACAGUUGGUUCCACCAGUGCCUUUAG